GUUAAAAGUUGAGGAAGCCAGAGAAGUUCAGAGCCUCAGAAAGCGACCCAAUGGGGUGAGUGCCGUAGCUCUGCUUGUGGGAGAGAAGUUGCAAGAAGAAGCAACACUUGUGGAUGACCCAUUUAAGAUAAAAUCUGGGGGAAUGGUGGACAUGAAGAAGCUGAAAGAAAGAGGCAAGGACAGGAUUAAUGAAGAGGAAGAUCUAAACUUGGGAACUUCCUUCUCAGCUGAAACCAACAGGCGGGACGAAGAUGCUGACAUGAUGAAGUACAUUGAGACGGAGCUGAAGAAGAGAAAGGGAAUUGUGGAGAAUGAGGAGCAAAAGGUGAAUCCUGAAGUAGACCUCGGAAUUGACGCAAAAAUAAAAAACAUCAUCUCAACUGAAGAGGCCAAGGCCAAGCUGCUGGCAGAGCAGCAGAACAAAAAGAAAGACAGUGAAACUUCCUUUGUUCCCACAAACAUGGCUGUUAACUAUGUCCAGCACAACAGAUUUUAUCAUGAGGAGCUAAAUGCACCAGUGCGAAGGAACAAAGAAGAGCCAAAGCCCCGUCCACUGAGAGUGGGGGAUACGGAGAGGCCAGAACCUGAGCGGUCUCCUCCAAAUCGCAAACGUCCACUCAAUGAAAAAGCAACAGAUGAUUAUCACUAUGAGAAAUUCAAGAAGAUGAAUAGGCGAUACUGAUGAACGUGGACUGAAGUCUUGGCAGUUGUUCUUGUUUUCCACUAAUAAAGGAUUUUGUGUCAAUGACCUGAAUGGAGUUGGGGAGAGUCACUACCUUCACAUGCUGGUGUUAUCUACAAGGCUUUUCUUGUGAUUUUUGUAGUGAAUCAGUUUGCAGGUGAUUGUGAACUCAGUUGGUAAAAUAUUGUACAUAACUUAUUUUCAUUUAUAAAACUUCUUUUAUAAGAACAUGAGCUUUUAUGGUUGUCGUGUUUUAGUGAGAAAACAAACUUGCUUUUCAGAUUCUUUCACCCUCUUA